GUAAAUGAACAAGGUUGGGGGCAAAACAGAAAGUUUUGUGUAUUCGUUUUUUAGAUUACAAUAUGAAAUCGUCAUUUACCACAGUAUUUUAUCCUCUGUUUGUCUCUUAAAUCUCUAAAUUCUAAGGACAGGACUGCUGUUAUGUUAUUGAAUUAUCGACUGAGACAUUUAAAGGUUGACCGUUCAACUGCUAGAGAUUUGCCAUGUUUCUAAUCUCCUACUAUGUGUGUUACUGAUUUACGGCUUUAGCAGUAACAGUGGGAUGUGGAGAAGAGCGGCGGUAAAUGGACCUUGGCUCUCGAUCAGAUUAGUAAACGCGGGUUUUCAUAAGGGCAAAAUGUCUCGUAAGUUGCACGCGAGAAGAAUUGAAGGAAUUGACAAGAAUAUAUGGGUGGAAUUCACUCAGCUGGCUGCUGACUAUAAGGCUGUGAACCUGGGUCAGGGGUUCCCUGAUUUCUCCCCUCCUAGUUUUGUUCAGGAGGCUUUCUGCAAAGCCCUGAAUGGAGGUUUCUCUAUGCACCAGUACACACGUGCUUUUGGCCACCCAAAUCUUGUGAAGAUCCUGGCCAAGUUCUUCAGUAGGAUUGUUGGCCGGGAAAUAGACCCAAUGGAGGAUAUCUUGGUUUCUGUUGGAGCAUAUCAAGCACUUUUCUGUACCUUCCAGGCUCUCAUUGAUGAGGGUGAUGAGGUGAUUAUUGUGGAGCCAUUCUUUGACUGUUAUCAGCCAAUGGUAAUGAUGGCGGGAGGAACAGCUAUAUAUGUGCCCCUUAAACCAAGGGAAGGAUGUGGUCCUGUUCUAUCCAGUGCUGACUGGGUGUUGUCUCCUGAAGAGUUGGCGAGUAAAUUUAGUCCUCGUACCAAAGCCAUUGUCAUUAACACUCCUAAUAACCCUCUUGGCAAGGUCUACCAGCGUAAGGAACUUCAGAUGAUUGCUGACUUGUGCAUUAAACAUGACGUCAUUUGCAUCAGCGACGAGGUGUACGAGUGGCUCACGUAUGAUGGAACAAAACAUGUGAAAAUCGCCAGCCUGCCAGGUAUGUGGGAACGCACUGUCACCAUUGGGAGUGCAGGCAAGACUUUCAGUGCCACAGGAUGGAAGGUGGGUUGGGCAAUGGGACCAGGACAUAUCCUAAAGCACUUAAAAACCGUCCAUCAGAAUUCAGUGUACCACUGUGCCACAGCUGCCCAGGAGGCCGUAGCAGUAGGUUUUCAGAGGGAAUAUGAUGUAUUUGGCACAGAGGAAAGCUAUUUCCACCAGUUACCCAAACAUCUUCAUGAAAAGCGUCUGAGGCUGGCAGAUUGUUUGAAGAGCGUUGGCCUAAAACCUAUACUACCCCAAGGAGGAUACUUCAUGAUCGCAGAUAUCUCGAAUCUUAAUGUUGAUCUUACUGAACCUAGCACUGAAGAUGAACCCUAUGACUACAGAUUUGUGAAAUGGCUCAUAAAAGAGAAGGGACUGGCCACUAUCCCUGUGUCUGCAUUCUACAGCUCGGAACACAGAAAUGAAUUCCAGAAAUACAUCCGAUUCUGUUUCGUUAAGGAGGACUCAACCCUGCAAGCAGCAGAGGACAUACUGAGGCAGUGGAGUGACAGCAAAUGAAAAAUAUUGACAGUACAAGCCUUGGACAGACUAAAAAACUUGAAAAGCAAGAGAUCAUACACAAUAACAAAUCUUAAAUGAGGUUUAUGGUAGUUUGGGAUAUGAAUAUUUUUUUUAAAAGAAAAUUGUUUGUUAUUAGGCUUACAAUUAACUAUAUGGCAGAUGAACAGAUGGUGUUAAUUGCAUCACAAAACAGAGGCAUGAAAAUCUUGCAUGGCAUGUGUGGUUAAAAAUGGAAAUGAGAAUCACUGUUCCCAUGAUAACAAUUAAUAUUAUCUAAUAUUAGUAUCAGUAUAAUUUUAUGCUCAAAACACAUGAGUGGUUGCAAUCUUUUUCAACCGCUUCAGCGUUAUUGUUCUUUGAUUGUAAUGUUCUCUCACUUUUUUUGGUCAUUGUAUUGACACAUAUUUCCUUCCUCUCUGGAUUAUACCUUGAAUUGCAUCACUGCCUGUUAUUACUGGAUCCACUCCAAGUUACGAAUUACAAAUCAAUAGAUUUCAUUUCAUGUUAAACUGUUUUAUUAAUUUGUACAAUGUAAGUGUUAUGUUGAGCCAUUUCCAUAAAAAUAUUGCUAACUACCUCAUAAAUCUGCAUGUAAAUCUAAAUCACUUUAUUUGUGGAUGUUCUAAACACUGUCACCAAUAUUUUUUUUUUUUUGCCACAUUUCUGCAGGAGGAAGCAAUAAAGUUUAAUUUUCACA